AUGGUACAUAUGGAACCAUCUUUUUCGAGUUCCAAACAAAAUAUUUCAGUUAAAAAUAAAACUGAAAGUACAAAGAUAAUCGAGUGUCCAAAUGAAACAGUUCCUAUAUUAAGGAAUACAACUAAAUAUGUCAUAAGUGCUCAAUAUUGGGAGAAAAUACAUUUGAAUCCUCUCACAGCCGAAAGCCAUGGAUCACAUUUAGAUCACAAGCUCAAGGUCCUUACCAUGGUGUGUCAGCUACAAUUAGUGGACCAAGCUUCAUAUGCUAAUAUAUAUGUUGGCGGCGGAGUAAAUCCAAGUUUAUUUGGUGAUGUACGCACAUAUAGUUACGGAUUUUGGAAGGGUGUGAACGGAGCAGGCUGUUAUAAUACACUAUGUCAUGGGUUUGUUCAAGUGUCAAAAACUGAUCCUUUAAGCGGGCCUUUACCUCAUCUUCAGGAGGGAGGAAGAGUUAUUUCUGUUUCUAUUCAACAGGAUAAACAAACAGGACACUGGUGGACAACAGAUAUAAUACGUGAUGGACCAGAUGUACAUAUUGGUUAUUGGCCAAAAGAAUUAUUUGAUGUUAUAGGUAAUAGUGCGAGCAUUGUUGGAGUUACAGGAGCAGUCCAAACUUCUCCUUCUGGCAAAAACCCACCAAUGGGUAAUGGUCAUCUACCAACUGAAGAUGACACUGUCUCAGCACAUGUUGAAUAUCUUGAAAUCAUAGAUUCUAAUUAUAGAGUCCAGGGAAGUAACAAAUAUAAGUUAGAGAAACUUUUAGACAACAACAAAUGUUAUGGUUUAAAAGAUGGAAAGAAAACAAUUUUGUUCAAAUUUGGUGGAUCUGGAGGAGAUUCUUGUGGGAUUUAA